GCAGCAGUCGAUAAAAGAAGCAGGCGCACUGACCCAAUAUACAUAUUAUAUGCUAUGCAUAAGACGCGGCGGCGACUUAACACGUAAUGCCGCCGCUGCUGCUUUGAGCGAGCGGAAAAGUUAGCGACCGCUAUGAAAAGAGCUCGCGUGAUUCGGUGACGUCACUUGUGUCCAAACUGGCGUGUUCCUCGGCAUUUGAGCCGUAGUUGUGGCUUGACCACGGCGAGUGAGCGAUGCUCGACCGAAGCAGGCGACCUCUGCAGGUCGUGCAGCAGCCCCUCCAGAGGUCGGACUCAGACAGCAGCGCCGACCUGGAGAGGGCCAAGCGCAAGCCGGCGCGCAUUCCCAUCAGCCUGCGCAGCAAAAAGUGCUUUCAGGAGCGGCCGCGGCCGCAGACGGCCACCCUGGCGCGGCCCAGGGUGCUGGACACGAGCUACCUGACCAAGGUGGACAUGUCGCUGACGCGCAAAGCGCUGCUGAACAUCACCAACCUGUGCAGGAGCUCGGGCAAGCGCGGCGGCAAGACGCCGCUCAAGGCCUUCGCCAAAAUCACCACCUCGGGCGCGUACAUGCAGCUCCGGCCCAACCACAGGCCCCUGAUGGGCCGCUCCCAGAGCGAGGCCGACGAGAGCUGGGAGGACGAAGACAGCCUCACCGAGCUGCUGAUGCACAGGAAUAAGGCGUCCACCUCAUAUCGCUCCAAGACCUUCAUCCGUGAAAACAACAACAACAACCCAGCCAAAUCAAUGCUUGGGGCUAAAAAGGGCGGCGGAAAAAGGUCCGUCCCGGAGCCCUGUCGCAGCUGCGGCAGGAGCGACCUGCCCGAGCGCCUACACAGCCACCCCGUGACCAAAAGCAAGAGCGUCCCGACGGUCACGGUGACGCGGCCGGUGAAGAGUUCCGUGCAGAGGCCGACGCCCAUCAAGUACAGGAGCAACAAGGCUGGCGAGCCCCCGCAGAAAGGCAUCCUGAAGGCGUACUUCCCCAAGCCGGACCCGCAGGGCGUGUUGUUCGGGCCCAAACCGCUGAGCUGUCCGAAGCCCGCACCCAACAAAAAGUCGGCGGCCGCACCGAAAUCAGUGUCGCCAAAGCGGCCGCCGGCGAGUCCCGUCGCCAAGACAAAUAAGAGUCCGAGCCCGAAACCGCCGGCUUCCAGCCUGAAAGCGGGAGGAACGAGCCCCACGAGGUCGGCGUCGCCCCGGGCGUUCGUGGUGGUCGAAGAAAAGGCCGGUGAGAAGAAGGCAAAAAAUAAUGAGCAGAAGCUAGUGAGCAGCAAAAAACAGCAGCCGGCCAAAUUACAGCAAGCAGCGUGCUACGUGUGUGGCAAAGAGUUAAACGCCAGUCUGAUGGCCCAGCACGAGUCCAAAUGCCUGGAGGGCUGGCAGCGGCUCAAUUCCAAACUACCACCGAACCUGCAGAAGCCGACGCCGGCAAAGAAACAUUCGCUAGACGAGACCAGCUGCUGGAAUCAGUUUUCUUGGAAAUCUAAUCAGGCUGAGGAAAUAAUCAGCCCGCCGAAUUCGAGGCAGUGUCAACGCUCGGAGCGGCGCCCGUGUGAUGUCGUCGCCGCCGCCGCCAAAAAGACGUCGCCAAGGGAACACAGCAGCCCUCGUCAUCAGCAGCUGCCUGUGCAGCCGGAUCAAGAAACGCAGUGCUACCUGUGUGGAAGGGCGUUCGCCACCCUCAGCUUACCGAUUCACGAGCCCGGUUGUUUGCGCAAGUGGCGGCAGGAAAACGAUAAACUGGCCCCGGAGUUGCGGAAACCGGAGCCCCGGCCACCGAAUAAUCACUUCUCGGAUGUUCUGGAACACGAGGAGAGCUUUGGCGCCGAGUACGAGUCGCAUCUGGAGCAGCUGGUGCCUUGCAGGGGCUGCAACCGUACUUUUCUGCCAGAACGUCUCGAGGUGCACACCCGAAGCUGCCAACAAUCGAAGGCAGACGCUCGGAAAUAAACAGAAACAUGAUCUACAGGGGAAAAUAAUUGAGUCUAUCGCAAGCUUGAGCUCCACCACCGCUGCGGGUACCAAGGGCUUUGAAAAUAAAUUGAGUAACUGGAGAACGUCUUCAGGGAAAUAAUUCAACUUUCAAAUUGUCAUGAGGGAAAAUGGUGUGGAUGCCUUGACACAAAAUAACGAGAGGAAAUAUUACAGCUUCUGUAAUUAUAAUAAGGUGCUUUUAUUGACAUUUGUGAUUCCUACGAGGGACCAAAAUUACUUGAUUAACUUUGAAAUCAAAAUUUUUAGAAAAUUGAAAGAAUGAACAGUUAAAUAAUGCCACUAACACAGUACAAGUGCUUUGCAUCACACUCUUGUAAUAUCUAUAGCCAGUAUAAAAUAUUUUAUUAUUUUUUGCUGUUCAAAGAUAGGAAUUUCUGGAAUUUAAAAGCUAUGCUGGGCUUUGGUGCUUACCGUUUUGCUCACCAUCAUACAAACAUAUAUACAUCCAAUUUUCAUAUUUAAUAGCUCAACCUCUCCAAAUAUCAAUAUAGCCCUGACUUUUAUAAAAUAAUGUUUGUUUGUGUGUAAAUAAAAGUUGUAAGUACUCGAGGGUGCAAAAUUUUUAUGUUGGUCAGAACAGAA